CAUACCACGCUGCACUUCUCAUCAUGAACACUUGGACUCAUUCACGAAGGGCGGUGACUCCUUGUCGCUCAGGAUGAGGAUGUUGCGUUUCCCUUUCAACGUCUUCCGCCGCUCAAAAGACCCCCAGUGGCACCCUCUCCAGCCAUGACACGAGUUGCAUUGAGAGCAUUCAGCCUCUGCGCACUCACUAGACUAGGCACACGACAAAUUGUGUCUCACUCACGACGGCUACCUACUCAUCUGACUACGUCUGCCUCACGAUGGACUUCUACCGUGAGCGAGGCACAAACUCCAUUUCCGAUCUUUCGCGACGUCCCUCCUCUACGAGAAAUGCGCAAAAAGAUGUUUCGAGAAGGCAAGGAGGUGGGCUUUGUCGCUACAAUGGGGGCACUACAUGACGGGCACCUGUCUCUCGUAAGGCAUGCUCUACAAGAAAACACAGACGUAUUUGUCUCCAUCUUCGUCAACCCCACACAGUUUGCUGCACAUGAAGACCUGGAUUCUUACCCCAAGACUUGGGAGGACGAUCUGCGAAAGCUGAAACAAGUACAAGACGAGCAUGCUGCCUCAUCGGGGCCAAACUCGGGCUCCAAGAUCCGUGGCGUCUUCGCGCCCACCGUCAAAGUCAUGUAUCCUACUCUACCGCCUAGCUCGGAUAUUGCAGGUUCUGGGUCCUUCGUGACAAUCACGCCCCUUGGAAACCAACUCGAGGGUUCAUCUCGGCCCAUCUUCUUUCGCGGCGUGGCCACAGUCUGCACAAAACUGUUCAACAUCAUGCAAGCCGACCGUGUGUACUUUGGACAGAAAGAUAUCCAGCAAUGCGUCCUGAUCAAACGUAUGGUCAAGGACUUCCACAUCCCGACUGAAGUACGUGUCAUCCCCACGAGUAGAGAGCCCGAUGGCUUGGCUAUGAGCAGUCGGAAUGUAUAUCUCGGUGAGCGACGGAGGCAGGAUGCCGUUGUAUUGUCCAGGGCACUAUUUGCUGCCAGAGAUUUGUACAACUCUGGCGAACUCAGGGGUAAAAUGAUCAGAAACGCAGCGUAUGAUGUUUUCAACCAAGGAUCGCUAGUCAAGAGGAAAGAUGGCCAGCUGGGAGGAAGUUGUCAGCUGGAGAUUGAUUAUAUCGCCUUGAGCGAGCCGGACAGUAUGGGGAUGAUUCCGGAUUUUGCUAAGGUUGACCCCAGACGAGGAGCAAUCUUGAGUGCUGCCGUGUACGUGCAGCCUGUUGAUGAGCCGAGAAGUGAGGAGGAGGUGGGCCAGAGAGUGGUGAGGCUGAUUGACAAUGUUAUUCUGGAACCAAGGGAGGGCGAGACGAAAUGAUUGGUACAUCAGGGCGGGUAUGAUGUUAUCCAGUGCAAGAAUGCCUUAUGCGACCUAUGGUUCUGUUUAUAACAGUUUUUCCGAGAUAUCGAUCGGAGGAGUCAGCAGCUGGUCCACUAUAUCGACCAAAAAGGCUUCAAAGCAGGACGAAGCACGUUAUGCAUGGGCAUCAGUAAAUAUCCCAUAACGAAAUUUUGCCGUCUUUGCCACCAGCUGCCAACCAGUGUGUGCGAAGGGCC